AAAUAAACGCAACAAACGAGCGAGCGAGAAACAGACGACGGGGGUACCAAGUUUCAUUAUCGUACAUUAUUAUUAUGUAGUGUACAAAGUUAGUUUAUAUCACGAAAUCUAAGAGUGAACAAGUUUGUGCUGCCGUUUGCUUUUGCGAUAAAACUCGAAUUUCAUAAAAACAAUUAGAAGUUACAGUGCGUUUUGUAACAUAUGUCAUAGACAAGUAACGUUUUAAAACAUUUUUGAUCUAGUUUUAAGUGAUUGCUCGAUCGCGAUGAGGCGAUGGUACCAGAAACGAAACCGAAAGUAAAACUGACGGUUCCGCAAUAAUCUCCGUUUCUCGAGAGAUGUUUGGUAAUAGGUAAUUUUCUCCCGCCGCGAUAGCAAUGAGCGGCGAUACGGUCACGGUUUGCACGUCGCCCCAGUCUUCGUCGCAAAAGCAGUUUACGUCGCGUAUCCCUGUGGUAAGCCCGAAUCCGCUGCGGCGCUCGUUCAGCUUACGCGAAAGAAAAUCUAGCGAUUCUUUCCUGUCGUCGUACGAACAUUCUGCUGUUAUUAUCGACAGUAGUACUACUAAACAACAAAAUCAUUCACAUCAUCAUCAUCAUCAGCAUCAUCAUCAUCCGUUUGUCAGUAACAGCAAUGGUACAGAUGUAAACCGCAAUUCGAUCUACUGGAACGAUUUGGAAAACGGUCACCUGGAAAAGCGCGUCGACAGGACUCUGCCCGGAAAAACUGCCUCGCGUCAGUCCAGUUCGGCGUCGGUGGCGCUUCGACGCGGGACGUCGUUCAUUGAAAGGGGCGAGAAAGUGUCACGACGGAGCUUUGGUGGCAGUUAUGGUAGAGUGAGAGCGGCGUCGUCAGUUGCGUCGACGACGCCGUCAGCCGCCGUCACGACGGAGUCCCGACCGACGGGGGGCCCGUCGGGCCCCCCCAACAGGGAGACCAGCACGCCGCAUCAAUCGCCCAGAACCAGGAGCAUGUCAUUGUCGAUUUCGAAAACGCAAUCGUCGACGCCGGUGUCGGUGAGAUCGCCGGCUGCAGAUAUCGUAUCAUCACCACGGACGCCUCCGUCGUCGCCAGAAGCGCGUCAUCGAAACCUACGGGAUUGGGACGCGGAUAGCGUCACUAGCAGCAUUAGCAAUAUCAGCCUGGCUUCCUGCGAACACGCAACCGUUGCGAGAAACGGCACUACUUUCUCAGGACGAAGCAUGAAGUACGUGGUGCAUUGUUCGGAACACUCGGGAGCCGGAGAGGACUACCUCACGCCCACUCAGAGGGCGCAUAGACAAGUGAAAAGACUGAAGAUGUUGCUGCAACAGGCGCAAAAGGAACUCGAGCAAAAGGAUAGCGAAAUACUGAAGUUGACCAAAGAAGUGGUCGAAUUGCGAUUAUACAAGGCCGCCCUUAAUUCUCCGGAAGACAGAUCUACGAGUAGUGAUGCCGUGACAGUGAAGGAAAAUACAAGCGAACAAGUGACGCCGAUAGCCGAUCAUUUGGAAAAUGGUCCGGUAGUUGAAAUGGGAGGAGGGGGAGGGUUACAACUGGCCAACGAUCUCAGCAGUUCCUGUGCAGAUUCCGGCCAUUUUGAAGAUUUCACCAAUUCCUCGGUCCAUUCGAAAGAUUCGAUCUGUGGCAGUGAAGAACCGUUAUCUUCGAAUCGAAAAUUGUUUCCACGGGGAGAGACAGCUGAAAAGAGUGUGUUGGCCAAUUUGGGUCCCAGGGACGUUGAAUCGGAACAUAAUCGCCUGAUAGUGGAAUACGAAAGACGCAUCCAAGAACUGGUCAGAACCCAUGAAGAAGACUGUCAUCAAAUGAAGCAAAAACACAACGACAAAGUCGAAGAAUUGCUUCAGAGAUUGAGCGAAAUAAACGCAAGAUAUUGGGAGUUAGUUCCGGAUUUGGAAGCGGCUCGGGAGAGGAUCAAAGAAUUGGAACAACAGUUGGAGGAUGCUUGUAAAAAGCUAGAAGAGCAGGAACAAAAACACAAAGAAGGCUACUUGAAGAUGUACGCUCAAGAGCAAGAGGCUGCCAAAACGGAACAGGAUAAACAGCAGGUAACUGAACUGGCCCUGAAAAAACCGUCGCGCCUAUCCGUACCCGAACUUCUACACCAACUUCAAGUAACUCAGCAAGAAUUAGAAAACGUUAAGGACUUAGAAUUCGCCUCAUCAUCUAAACAGCCGCUACUAAGUGCAAAAGAGGCUGUUGCACUUUGGGUUCUAGGUGCUCGUAAGGCAAUGUACAAACAGUUGUUACAGGCGAAGAGUUGCGCCAGUAAAAUAGAUCCGGAAGUGACGUUGCAAUUUUUGAAGUCGGCAAUUUAUUAUUUCCUUACCGACAAAGAGAACAACCAGGGUCAUUUAAGGGCCAUCCAAAGUAUUCUGGGAUUCACCGAGAGUGAGAUUAGUAGUAUAGAUAAGGCUAGGCAUUCGUGACUGUUAAAUGUUAAAUUUAUUUUUGCUCUUGUCUCUUGUAUUAUCUUUUUGCGCUUCGAUUGGGUUCUGCGCAUUCAAAAAGUUACCUUUUUAAUUAGAAAAUUAAAGAAAUAUAUAAGCGAACAACAAAAAAAAGUUCUUGAGUACCUAAAUCAAUUUUUGUAGUUACGGGGUUCUUUCAAAAAGUAUUUGAACAUUUCAAGAAGAUAGUGAUUGGUUGCGAAAGGUGAAUAAUAAGAAAGGGUUUAAUUGUAAAAUAAUUCUUCAAAAAAGGGUGAAGGAUUUAUAAAAAUCAAUGUAUAGGAAUUGUUGUGUAAUGAAAUAAUAAACACAAUCAAUUAGUUAUAGCUAAAGUAAACUGUAAAGUUGAAGACUGAUGAAGACCGACGAAAUUUUUGACUUACUAAAAUACAAAAUUUUAUUUUAUUUCGUCAUCUUUGCAAAAAAUUGUUUUUUUUUUCUCAAGUACUUACAUUAUAAUUUGUAUGUUGCAGAACCCAUUUUAUAGUUAUUAGUUAACAUUAAAACGUUAAAAAAAGGCGAAAUAUUUGCGCUUGUUCCUAAUUAAUUAAAGAAAAAGUAAAUUAUGUGAUUAUUCUACCAAUAAGUGUGCUGAGCGAGGUUGUUUACUGUCAGAGUGAGCUAGUUUAUAUUUAUAACUUUAUUCUUUUUUGGGGAUUCAAAUAUAUGUAUUUAUAACGAUUAUGCUACAUCAUAAGUGCACUUUAGGCAGUUUUGAUUAUAGAAAUACACUUCAUAAUAUAUCGUAUAUAUUAAUUAUUUAGAUGAAAAAUUUCGGUUGCUCAUAAAAGCUUUCGUUAUUGUUAGUAUGCAAAUUAUAAUCUUAAGGUUUGGACGGUUACAGUAGCAACAGUUUAAUAUAUAAUAAAACUUUAAAAGAAAUAAAUUAAAAAAGAUAUAAUAAAAAUCCAUCUGCGUGGAAUUCUCAACUACAUUGAAUAGGGUAAAAUCAAUUCGUCUGCUUUUUUACUGUUUCUUUUGGAGUUAUAAUCACUGUAUCUAUUUGCAGAUAAUUAAUAUUUAAGGGUUUUUUUAUUUCCUCAUCGUUGUUUGGUCGGUGGAGUGCAAUACUAAAAAGGAAACUAUUUCUCUACAUUGCAAAUGAUAUAGAGCGUAGUUCUUCUGGUUAUCUAGAAUUACUGGUAUAAAAAAAUACCUUGCAUAAUCUAUUUUUAAGCCUCUUGUUACAUAGAAGCAUUAGUAUUUGUUGUCAUAUAAGAAAUGUUACAUUUUUUUUUAAGAUACCAACGAAUAUUAUAACAGCAGUUAUUUCCAUAAAAUAAAAAUAUUCUGGAGGUAA